AUGAAGCUCCCGGCCUCCAUCGCCUUCCUGGCCACGCUCGCAGUGACACUGGGACAGCCUGACCCCGCGCUGGACUGGCCCUGGCAGCUCUGGAAGAAAACCUAGGGCAGGGAGUACCGCCAUGAGAAAGAGGAAGGGGAGCGGCGAGCGACAUGGGAGAGGAACCUGCGCCUGGUGACGCUGCACAACCUGGAGCACUCCCUGGGGCUGCACUCCUACGAGCUGGGCAUGAACCACCUGGGAGACAUGACCAGCGAGGAAGUGGCGGCUUUGUUAACUGGGCUGAAGGUUGCUCCUCGCCCAAACCGGACCUCCACGUACCGACCGCAGCCCAGCAGCAAACUCCCAGACACAGUGGACUGGAGGGAGAAGGGAUGC